GGAAUCUCGGCUCCAACCAACCAGCUUGCGGGCAGUUAGUUAUCAGAGGCACACAGACAUCUCUGGGCUGUUUGCUUUCCCGAAAUCUGGACCCUGCCCACCCAGCUGCUGUCCGCUGCAAACCCGAAACUCACUGAGCCGGCGAGCCCUCCAUAUGGGCUCACAAUGCGAAGGAUUAGGGCUAACGCCAUCGCAAUCCUAACUGUCGCAUGGAUCUUAGGCACCUUUUAUUACCUGUGGCAGGAUAACAAACCCCAGACGUCCCCGUCUUCAGCAUCCCAGUCGAGGUCUACCGCCACCAGGAACCAUGGACAGAGACACCCGGGGCGGCUAGACAUCCACCGGGAGGACAGGACCAUCCCGCUCAUCGUGACGCGGGCCCCGCGGGCGGAGCGGGCCGGCAGGCAAGGGAGCCAUUUCGAUGAGAAGGCCUACCUGUCUGGCAAGCAGCUGAAGGCAGGAGAGGACCCGUACCGCGAGCACGCCUUCAACCAGCAGGAGAGCGACCGGCUGAGCAGCGAGCGAGCCAUCCGCGACACGCGCCAUUACAGGUGUGCGGCAGUAACCUUUGACCCUGAUCUGCCCCCCACCAGCGUGGUCAUCACUUUCCACAAUGAGGCCCGCUCUACCCUGCUGCGCACUAUCAAGAGUGUCCUGCUCCGGAGCCCACCCAGUCUCAUUCAGGAGAUCAUUCUAGUGGAUGAUUUCAGCAGUGAUUCUGAAGACUGCCAGCUGCUCGCUCAGAUCCCCAAGGUGAAGUGUCUGAGAAACGGCCGCAGAGAAGGGUUGAUCCGGUCGCGGGUGCGAGGGGCAGAGGCGGCCACGGCUUCCAUCCUGACCUUCCUGGACAGUCACUGCGAGGUGAACACCGAGUGGCUGCAGCCCAUGCUCCAGCGAGUGAGAGAGGAUCACACGCGGGUGGUCAGUCCCAUUAUUGACGUCAUCAGUCUGGACAACUUUGCCUACCUGGCUGCCUCAGCAGAUCUCCGAGGAGGGUUUGACUGGAGUCUGCACUUCAAAUGGGAGCAGAUCCCCAUUGAUCAGAAGAUGUCCAGGACAGAUCCCACACAACCAAUAAGGACCCCAGUGAUUGCAGGCGGCAUCUUCGUAAUGGACAAGGGCUGGUUUAACCACUUAGGACAGUACGACACGCAGAUGGACAUCUGGGGCGGGGAGAACUUCGAGUUGUCGUUCCGAGUCUGGAUGUGCGGAGGUAGCCUGGAGAUCCUGCCCUGCAGCCGAGUGGGCCACGUCUUCAGGAAGCGGCACCCCUACGACUUCCCAGAGGGCAAUGCCCUCACCUACAUCAAGAACACAAAACGUGCAGCUGAAGUCUGGAUGGAUGAGUACAAGCAGUACUAUUACGCAGCCCGGCCUUCAGCUCAAGGGAAAUCUUUUGGCAGCAUUGCCGAGCGCCUGGAGCUGCGACGCCGACUGAACUGCAACUCUUUCCGCUGGUACCUGGAUAACGUCUACCCGGAGCUCAAGGUCCCGGAGAGAGAGCCAGUUCUCAGUGUGCUGCGCCAGGGGAGUCUGUGCCUGGAGUCCCGGGGACUGGCGAAUCUGGGCCUGGGCGAAUGCAAGGGGAGCGCUGGCAGCACGCCCUNNNUGCAGAAGUGGAUAAUCGCUGAGCCGUUGAUUCGCCAGCAGGACCACUGCCUUGCCAUCUCUGCCUUCUCCUCUGGGUCAAAGGUCACACUUGAGCCCUGUAACCAGAAGGACAGCAGACAGAAGUGGAAACCAAAAGGCUCAUCUCUGCAGCACCAAGUCAGCGGCCUGUGCCUGGACAGCCAGCCUGGCCCGGUGGUCAUCAGCCAGUGUCGCCCCCAACUGGCCAGCCAAACCUGGGACCCCCAGCCCGCCACAUGAUCACCACGCUGGACAGAGGGGCAGGGGGAGGGGCGGGGGGCUGCAGGGGGGGGGCAGACUGUGGACUAACGGACCUAUGGGACGCCCAGGUGAGAGAGAGAGGGCCAGAGGCACUGACCUGCUGUGAGCUUGUUCACAAGCCCCUCUGCAGUGAUUUGUCCGACUUUUUGCCAUGUUUUCAUUAUUCAGAAGGGGAAAGCAGACAGUUUUUCACAGGUGAAGUCACCUGCCUCCCCUCCUAUCAACUAUUGUCCUGAAUUAAACUGUCCAAAGUGCAACACCUUUGACUUUUAAGUGAGUAAGCAGACUCACACAGAUGUGAUUAAUGUCUUUUAGAAAGUAGAGGAUAUUCUCAAACAUCCUCAUUAUAAAAAAAUAAUCCUUACACUUGUCUAGCGCUUUUCUGGACACUCCACUCAAAGCGCUUUACAGGGAAUGGGGACUCCCCUCCACUGGAUUGGAUACCAGUACUUGUAGCUGUAAUUAAUUUAUGGGGAAACUGAUAAUUUGGAGAAACUGUCUAUUUCUUAUUAGCAUAUACUAGCAUUAGUAGUAACUCACUGUCUCAAAGUAAGCACACUCAAAGUAUUUUGAAGAGAAAAACUGUCCACAUGACGCAUCAGUCAAAUUCCGAGCAGGUCACAGAUAAUUCAAAUUGGGCCAGUAACACAUUAAGCUUUGUCUGCACGCUUCCAUUGGGAUUUGUGGAGGAUUAAAGUGUGCACUCUUGUCUCUGUUUCUAUCAAUGUCCAAACCGCGCAGCAAUCACUGUCACUUUUAAUUGAAAUGAAAAGUGUCUCUACAACAAUUCCCAACAAUCCUGGUCGCCCAGGAACGAAUACUGGGUCAAAAUGGCAUAAGGUGGAGAUUUUUUGUGAAUGUAAGGGUUGCACUCUGAACAGUGCUGCCCAGUGGCACUGACUGUAGGGAAAAUUGGACAGUUCCAUUUUCUGAAAAGGGGGGGAGGUCCACUUAUACCAGGGGGAAAGGAAUGUUCCACUGUGAUGGGGAGGUGCAGGGGCUGUGAAGUAAGUACUGUCAAGACGUAUUAUUUAUUUUGCAUGGGAUUUUUCUUCAAGUUACACUUGAACAGCUGAGAGGCGAAUUUGCAGCCCAAAGAAUGUAUUUUUUUUAAUCCUGUAAAUAUUUUAACAAGAACUUCCCAUAGUUCUGACAGAAGAAUUAUUUCAUUCGUUUCAAAUAAAAGGGACUUGAUCACA